GAUUUGAAAAAAAAAUUCAAGAAAUCCGGAAUUGAGAACGGAAGCCAGGAAGAAACCCUUCCUCGAGGAACAGGUGGAGCUUCUGGUCCGCCAGCAUUGCGAGGAUCUGGAGCAUUGAAUGUUACACCAGGCGGCGGUCGUAGCAGAAGCAGGCUGGAAGGAGCGGGACGUCGUUCCGGGGCGGCAGCAGUUGGAGUCGGUGGGCCAGCAGCAGGAGGAGGAGCGACGGGCCAGAGCGCGAGACAGGAAGCGCGGAACCGGACCCAGGAGGAGCUGCAGCGUUUGUUGAAGGAGAUUGAGGAAGCUGAUGGACCGCAGCUUGUCAAACUCGGCGACGCCUCCAUCGCUGCCCCCUUCACCUCCAAAAUGACGUCCGUUUUGUGUGGUUAG